AUGGCGGCGCGCGGCUCCUCGCUGGUGGAGGCCGUGCUGGCCUCCUCGGGGCGCCUGGAGAAGGAGGGCCUGGCCGGCCGCCUCGCCCGCCUCUCCCGCCGGGCCGAGGAGCUCAAGGAGGAGGUUUGCAGCAUGAUCAACCAAAGGUAUGUCGAGUUCCUGCCCAGCGUGCAGAGCGCCAAGGAUCUGGAGAGCCAAGUGCAAGAGCUCUCAAACGGCAUCGACCAGCUGAGAUCCAGGAUCGAGAAUGAGGUCCAGCAAGAUGUUAACGUGGCCAUUGCAGACUUUGCUGAUCUGAAACAGCAGCUGGAGAGAGAGCUGCUUGUUCUGAGCGUGCUGAAGCAGCUCCAGGAGUUCGACACUGCUCUCAAACAGUUCGCUUCCUUGCUGCCCCUGAAGAAGUACACCUCAGCAACUAACUACCUGAACAAGGCCCGGAGAAGCCUGAAAACCAUGGAGUCUCGUCGGGGCUUUGAGCUGAAGAUUCUGAAGGCGCUCGGCCAGGAGCUCACCAUUCAGACCCAAAACAUUCUGUAUCUUUUGGAUCAGGAGUGGCAGCGAAUGGUGGUGUGGAAACUUCCCCAGUCACAAGAACUCAGCUGUCUAGAGGCAGCUACCCAAACAGAGUUGUACCUGUGUCUGCCCAGAGAAGAUGUUGCCACAGACCCAGGAGUUUCAACGGUUCUGCAGGCUUUUGCCAUUCUGGGAGAACUGGAUGUGAAGUUCAAGCAUUUUGGACAGUUACUGCUGAAGCACAUCCUCAAGCCUUUGAUCUGUUGUCCCUCCUUACGGCUGUUGAUGGAAAAUCAGCCUGAUGGCGUCACACUCAAAUUUGAGUCUGUGGGCUCCAGUCUUGGCCACCCAUCCCCCUUGGAAGUGUUUGCGAAGCUCAGAUCAGUGUUCAAAGUCCUGCACCAACACCUGCUGGACACCCCGCUUGCCCCUUGCGAGGAGGAGGAGGAGAGCAGCACCUGGCCCGGUUUGGCCGAGGUGUUGAGCAGCGUGAUUUGGAGGAAGCUGUCCGACUGCCUCAUUUGCGACUGCUUGGUGCACUCCAUCCCCAGCAACAGCAGCCAGCUUGCACAGUACACAGAGGUUAUUAAAGCAACAGAAGACUUUGAAGAAGCCUUAAAAGACAUGAAGUUCCUCCCGGAGAACUCCGUGGACUUGCUGACCUACGCCCGCAAUGUUAACUGCCAUUUUGCCAACAAGAAAUGCCAGGAUGUCAUCGUGGCAGCCAGGAACCUGAUGACCUCAGAAAUACACAACACUGUGAAGGUCACCCCAGACUCUGUGGUUACACUUCCCACCCUGCCUGCCUCUGGAGCUGGGGACCAGUUAAAGCUGCCCGAAGGGCCCGAGGCGCUUCUCAAGCAGGUGACCAACUUGGAGAACAAGACCAAGCUGAGCCGCCACACCUUCUCUUUCCCCACCUGCCGCAUCAGCGACUCUGUCCACAGAUUGAUGGCUUUGGCCUAUCAGACCCUCCAGGAGGCAUCGGCCAGCACUGACCAAUGCUGCAACCAGCUCUUCUACCUGGUGCGCAACAUCUUCCAUCUCUUCUGCGACGUGGUGCCCAUGUAUCAUAAAGAGAACCUCCAGAAGCUUCCCCAGCUGGCCGCUAUUCACCACAACAACUGCAUGUACAUUGCCCACCACCUGCUGACCAUGGGCCACCAGUUCAGGAGCCGGCUGAGUGACGGGACGGCCACUUUCGUCGACUUGGUGCCCGGGUUCAGGAAACUGGGAACAAGGUGCUUCCUCACCCAGAUGCGGGUGCAGAAGGAGGAGCUUCUGGAGAGGCUCUCCCUGUCACGGAAUUUCUCCAGCCUGGACGACGAGGACAACUACUCUGCGGCAAACAAAGCUGUCCGUCAGGUUCUGCACCAACUGAAGAGACUGGGCAAAAUCUGGCAGGAUGUUCUACCGGUGAGCGUCUACUGCCGGGCAAUGGGGACCCUGCUGAACACGGCCCUUGUGGAAAUCAUGAGCAGGAUCGUUGCUCUGGAGGACAUCUCUGCUGAGAAUGCCGACCGGUUGCACGCCCUGUGCAGGACCGUGGUGGACGAGGGCCCCCGGGUCUUUGUGCCCCUGCCGGAGGAAAAGGAGAACCGGCACUUCCAGGAGGAGGUGCCAGUUUACGUGCCCAAGUGGAUGAUGUUCCAGGAGCUCAUGUUGGUCUUACAGGCCAGUCUGCAAGAAAUCGUGGACCGGUGGGCAGGCAGCAAAGGGCCCCUUGCCACCGAGUUCUCCCCCAGCGAGGUGAAGAACCUCAUCCGAGCCUUGUUCCAGAACACAGAGCGGAGGGCAGCUGCCUUGGCCAGCAUCAAGUAGCUGGCGGCCUCUGAAAAAUCGUCCUGGGCUGAGGCUGCUUCCUGCCUGAUCUCCCCUUCCUCCUCGUGGAGCUCUGGCUGGGGCUGAUGUGCUCCGUGGUCAAAGAGCUCAGUCGGAAGCCCAUCAAGUC